AUGCUCGUCUCGUGGCUGACAGUGCCCUUACUCGUGUUUUCGAGAUGGACCCGCGCAGGUGAAAUCCCUGUUGUCGGAGGAAUUCUUGGAGGUGUCCCAGACCUCGAAUUGUCGGGUGUCGAGGGUUUUCUCGAUGCUACUCUAGGCGUGAAUGUUGCUACGACACCUGGAAAACUUCGCGUUGUGGAAAACUCCGGUGUGUGUGAAACCACGCCCGGAGUAUAUCAAGCCUCCGGAUAUGGCGAUCUGACUGCGACAGAAAGUAUCUGGUUUUGGUUCUUCGCAGCACGCAAGAACCCACAAAAUGCUCCUCUGGUUUUAUGGUUCAACGGCGGGCCUGGAAGUUCCAGCAUGAUCGGCCUCUUCCAAGAGAACGGCCCAUGCAGAAUUACAAACGACAGUUCGUCAGUCACGUUGAACCCCCACUCGUGGAAUAACGAGGCGAACGUGUUGUACAUCGACCAACCAGUCGGGGUGGGGUUCUCGCAUGGUGACCUAAAUGUCGGAACUUCGCAGCAGGCCGCAGCGGACGUGUGGACCUUCUUGCAGAUAUUUUUCAAGGACGAGAGGUUUGCGAAGUAUCGGAUCAAUAAGCUGGCCCUCUGGACGGAGUCUUAUGGCGGUCAUUACGGCCCGGUCUUCUCAGCGUAUUUCCUGAGGCAAAACGCUGCCAUCCUCGAGAAGAAGAUAUCAGGAAUUACACUCAACCUUCAAGCGCUUGGAAUCGGAGAUGGCCUCACCGUUUGUCCCGCCAUUUUCAACUGGACAAUCUUACUGACAAAUAUCUUCACGUACCAGGACCCCUUGGUUCAAUACCCAGGCUACAUCGCAUACGCUGCGGCCAACCCCUACCACCCUCUCGUCUCACCCGAAGAGCUCGCGGCAGGCAACACCUCCUGGUUCACCCCCGUCACCGGCUGUCGAGACCGCAUUAUCGCUUGCAACGCCCCAGUUUGGAACACGACCGUCUGCUCGGCCGCCCAGAGCUUCUGCAACAACAAUAUCCUGUCGCCGCUUGCAGGAAUCUGGGACGUGUACUACGUCCCGACGGCUGAACCCGAUCCGUACCCGCCGUCAUUCACAACAUAUAUUAACUCAGUGGCGUCGACGAUUGGCGCGGAGACGACGUGGACGUCGUCGAAUCGGAAUGUGUACAGAAAUUUCUCGUUGACCGGUGAUUGGAUGAGGAACUCCCGGCAGGAUUUGGAGUUCGUCAUUAACUCUGGAGUCAGAACUAUUAUUUACGACGGAGAUGCCGACUAUAUCCUCAACUUCAAUGGCGUCGAAGCUAUGGUUGACAAGCUCGAGACCGUCUGGUCGCCUCUCUACAAGCGCCAAAAGUUCGCCUCGUACAAAGUCAAUGGCCAGGUGACUGGCAUCUUCAAAAACGCCGGCAAGUUCUCUUAUGUGAGGAUAUACGGUGCAGGACACGAGGUACCUGCUUAUACAUUUGGGAGUCUGGAGGUAGGCCAGGCAGCCGCCCAGAUGUUUACUCAGAUCAUGCGAGACGAAGGACUGCGUUCAACAUAA